UUAGUAUAUAUAAAACAAUGAUUAUAUGAUGAUUGCUGUGUUCGAAGAAAUACAUUCACAAGAGUUCUUUAGUUAUGCUUACGUCUGUGUUGUGUAUCGCUUCAUUGAUAACCCUUCUCGAUGCUCAUAUUUCAAUAAAGAAAGAAAGAUUUGAACCAUUGUCAGAUGACAUCAUCUCGUAUAUUAAUCAACAUGUAGGUCCUUUUUUGUAGUAAUGUUGUAAAUCGCGAACAUUGUAAAAUGAUUUACGUUCUAACCGUGUAUGAUCGGUUGGAUUAGAAUAGAUCCACUACUUUAUGUUGUAAGUAGCUUGUGUACGAAACGAGGUUUGAUUGAGGAGAAUGUGCAAUCAAUCAGAUGAUUCCUCCUCUUUACAACUAGAAUUCAUCUAUAAGUUAUUUAAAAUGACAGGUUACAUUGUUUCGUACGCCAUCGGCCUAAAACUGAUUUCAUUUCAUAUAUCUAAGUUCAAUACAACAACUGACAGUUGAAAAAGGAACAAAUCUAAAUCUUCACAUUUGAAUUCCAUUUUUAGUUCAACAUUGUCAGAAUUGUUUCUCAUUCAAUUAUGAUUUCAACUUUUUCAUCCUUCAGCCAAAUGCUGAAUGGAAAGCUGAGAAAAGCAAUCGUUUCCACUCACUGGAUGACGCACGCAUUCUGAUGGGUGCAAGAAGAGAGGAACCAGAAUUAAGGAAGAAGAGACGUCCCACAGUUGACCAUAAUGAUUGGAAUGUAGAAAUUCCAUCAAGUUUUGAUUCAAGGAAGAAAUGGCCUCGUUGUAAAAGUAUAGCGACCAUUCGUGAUCAAUCACGAUGUGGAUCAUGUUGGGUGAGUUAUAAUGAUCGCACUAUUUGAAAAAUGUAUACAAUGUUAGUAUGACUAUGAAUAUUUCUACACAUCAGUGAGUUUGUAGGAGAUCUCACCGAACGUCACACAGUAUCAGUCAGAUUAUCUAGAGCAAUUGUUUUUUUGAAUACUGUAUGACAGCACAUACGUCAAUGUUGAGUAUCACAUCUGUGAACAUAUGUCCGGUGACUAAAAUAAUUAACGAAACAGGUCAUGUUGAACUGAAGAGGCUUUCAAAUAUUGACCACUCAUUCCACGUAAAUACACUAGGAAAAUCAAAACGUUUUGAUGUUGUCAUUGCUUUUUUUCAGGCUUUCGGUGCUGUCGAAGCCAUGAGUGAUCGAACCUGCAUACAGUCACGUGGCAGACAAUCUGUGGAACUAAGUGCUGUGGAUCUAGUGAGCUGUUGCGAAGGUUGUGGAUUUGGUUGUGAUGGUGGAUUCCUUGGUCCUGCUUGGGAUUAUUGGGUGAAGGAAGGUAUUGUUACUGGAAGUUCGAAAGAGAAUCACACAGGCUGUCAACCAUAUCCCUUCCCGAAAUGUGAGCAUCAUGCCAAAGGGAAAUAUCCUGCAUGUGGCAAAAAAAUCUACAAGACUCCUCGUUGUAAACAGACAUGUCAGAAAAGUUACAAGAUCCCAUACGCCCAAGACAAGCAUCGAGGUAAAUUAUCCUAUAAUGUUGCUGAUAAUGAAUUGUCUAUUCAAAAGGAAAUCAUGAAGUAUGGACCAGUAGAAGCAGCCUUCACAGUUUACGAAGAUUUUCUAAAUUACAAAUCUGGGAUCUAUGAACAUAUUACUGGGGAACCAGUUGGUGGACAUGCCAUACGUAUAAUUGGAUGGGGUGUGGAAAAAAACACUCCUUAUUGGUUGAUAGCGAAUUCGUGGAAUGAAGAUUGGGGUGAAAAUGGAUAUUUCAGAAUACUACGUGGUCAUGAUGAAUGUGGCAUCGAAUCCGAGGUAACAGCUGGUCGGAUUAACUAGUAACACAAUCUUUAAACAUUAUCAUAAUAUGUUACUUAGAGUUGAUUAAGUCAUCACAAAUGUGUACUGAAUGCUUCUGAGAAACGUUCCACAUUCAUAUUAUCUUUUCAUUCAUUUUAUAUUAUAAAUAAACGGUUGCGAACUCUCACUAAACUCUUCACUAAAUAAAUGUCUUCGCUAGGCGGAUUCUCGUUACAAGACGUUUAUCCAGAUUAGCAAAGCGACUAAAAGCUGAAUUAUUUUAGACGAACUACUAAACCGUUGUCUAUGUGCAUUCAUUGAACGAGUCCUUGUUCAUUCCACUUACAUGUUUAUUGAAUUCAACUCAUACAUUUAAUGUCACAAGUUUUCAUCAAAUUUAGAAAACACCAACUUCAGGUAUCGAAUCUAUUUUCAACCUGUAAAGUGGUACGUGUUCUCAUUAGGUUAAAUGGAUAUUAAUCAUUUCCAUCUACGGAAAUUCCCCAUACAUUAAUUUAGACUUGUAAGUAGCAUAAGAUUAGUAAUGAUGAAAUCUUGAGAAAUUGUGUAAAUAAAAGUACAACUGUACUGAACGAUAACAUUAAUGGGGACAACUGAAUGUAAUUGAAUACAAAAUCACAGAAUCACAUAGUAAAAUCUGAGAACCAUACAGUAAAUAGUUCAUUUGCAAAAUGUCAAUCCAAUUGUCUCAAACUUCAUUGUUCCUUCGAUUCCCACCAAUCAUUCUCUAAUCUCGUUCUCUUUUCUUCCAUCGUCUUAACAUUACUUUUGGUACCCAAGAAUGGGAGCUGCUCAGACUUAUUAAUUGGAAAAUGAAGAGUACAGGAUAUUGACAUACGAUUCCGGCUGUUUAUUCCAUAAAGAUCAUUAUAAACAGAGUAGUGACGUCAAAAGAUACCAUGAAUAUAUCGGGAAAACUUAAGUUGUCAAGCCUCUGUAAAAAUUCGAAACUAGCCUUCAGACUGUAGGUAGCUAACUUCUUGCAGACUGGUCCUGAGCACCAGCAGAUGAUUUUGUGUAAAACUGAUCUAGUCAUAGAUAAUAAUGACUCGGCCAGGAUGUUAGGUUUCUAUAUUGUUAUUAUUAUUCUACCAGUGUGUUCUGUUAUGAGAUCUUAUCCAAACCAAUUCUUACUUUGUGUACUUCAAAACAAUCUCCUCAUCACCGACCUUUUCCAGUCACUCAAUUCACAGAACUUAAGUAAACCCUUCAAAUCCUGUCUAGUUAAUACGCAACCCAUCUGAAUAAUUUCUACUGCUAAACAAUUACAAACUCAUAAAUAUCUCAUCAGAUGGUUUGAAUCUUACGUAAACUCUUUACGACUUCUUUAAUUAUCACAUUAUUCAUCUUAUAUAUUUCCAAACACCGCCUUACACACACGCCUGUUUUUAAUUCCACCUUCUAAUGACCUCAUAAUUGUUUUUGCAUAGAUAAAUCUAUAUAGUUAUUAUCGAUAAUCUAAGUUAUCGUAAUUUUUUCCCGUCAUCGGCGUCAAUUAUUUCACAUCAUAUCAUACCUCAACAUUAUACUGUAGGCCUAUGAGUAGUGGUAAGCAGCUAAUAUUAUUCAUUAUUAUUAUUUAAACACAUACAUAUUGGUAAAAGGAGGCACGAAAUGCAUAUGCCGGUGUGAUACUGCCCGAGUGCCCUGACCGAAGCACGUGGUUUUCUUAGAGGGCCACACCCGGAGUCAUCGACAUUAAUGUUUAAUCCACAAGUGGAGCAACAUUGGAAGAUGUAGUUCUACAGUAACUAGUGACCAACGACUGGUUCACGCGCUUUUGGUUCCUUCAGGAUCCUGGAAUCAGCCCAUGUGCACCAUUGGUUUGGAAUCAGGGUUUUUCAACCCUCCUAAAUGGAAUCGAAGUAUUCACCAAAUUAAUUAAAGCGACAGACAUUCGCUUUAUCUCUUCUAAAUUUCGAAAACAAUAUCCCUAACACGAGAAGGCAGUGUGUAAGACUCCUCCGAUAGUGGUUGUAUGCACGUGGCCACUUGAGAGCAUUUCGAGAAGAAGAGCUGAUUCUCUCUACUCUCGGCCGUACCAGGUCACUUAGGGGCAUUUAAAAGUUAGAUAAGCAUACGAAUAUGCAACCGUAAACUUGCUCAUUUCUGAAUUCUUACUUGUUUACGGUAAACAGUAGUAUCUUAUCCAUCAUCAACGUGUUAAGUUCUAAUAUUGUUUUUAGGAAACACCUUUAUGUGACCAAGAUUAUCUCAAAAUAAAAUUAUAUACUAGUACUACGAUGUUUAUAAUGGAAUAAAACGUCCAAUAACU